AUGACCGUCAAACAACCCGCCCCGAAAAAAGCCCUUCUCUGCUUCCACGGCACCGGCGCCAAGGGCUCCAUCUUUAACGUCCAGAUGGCCCGGAUUUGCUACCAGCUGCGCGACGCCUUCGAGUUCAUCUUCCUCGAGGGCCCGCGCGAGUGUCCACCUGGACCGGGCGUGCUGCCCAUGUUCAGCGGCCAGGAGCCGUACCGGGGCUGGUUCGGCGGGCACGACGUCAGCAUCGACGACAGUAUCCGGGAGAUCAGCGGCGCGGUGCAGCGAGGUCUGGAGUACUGGAGAGAGAGCCAUGUGGAUGGAAAUGUGGAGAUUGUCGGGGCCAUUGGCUUCUCCGAGGGCGGACUGGCGCUGGCGAUGAUGCUGUGGCUGCAGCAGGAACAGCGGGAACGAGAGAGACGGCAACAGCGACGGGAGCAGCGGCAACAGGAGCAAGAAGAAGAUGAAGUCUACGAUGAAGAGCAAGGCGACCAACUCCUCCCCUCCAACCUCCCACCACUACAGUUCGCCGUCGUCAGCUGCUGCUUCUUCCCCCGAGAAGCGUCGCUGUGGUUGAACGCACGCGCACAGGCCCAGGGCAUGACCACGGCCCUCAUCGACGUCCCGACGUUACAUAUCCACGGCAAUCGCGACUUCUGUCUCGGCCGCGCCCGUCAGCUGGUCCGCAAUCACUACCGUCCACAGUGCGCCACGGUCGUCCAAGUCGACACCAGCCACCACAUGCCCACCCAGAAAGGCGAUGUCGCCGAAGUCGUCAAGCACAUCCGCGGAUUGGGUGGUGUGGAGAGUGAAUGA